AGUGUCGUUGGUCGUUGGGGUUGCAGUGGAGGCCUUCGUUAUCGGUGUGGGUGUGGCGUUCAUUGGCUGUCGUCAUUGUUGGUGUGUUGGGCUUGCGAAAUGACGACUUCUUCGACAAGGGUUAAUGUUGAUGUUGAUGUUCAUGUUGAUGCUGAUGUUGGUACAAGGAAGGAUGAGAAAGACUUCAAGGAUCAAGCAAGAGGAAAAAAUAAAGAUGAAAAGGCAUCAAGAAAGAAGGAACUUAAGAAAAAUAGCAGAGAGCGGUUUAUGGAAAGUUUACACGAGCAACAAAGUCUUGUUGCAGAACUUAAAAGGAGGGUUCUUGUGUUGGAGGAAGAGGUCGCAUUCGAGAAACGUAGACGAAGAAGAGCACAGGAUGGUGGAGACAAUGUGCCACAUGACGAACCGUCCAUAUCCCCUAGAGGCAUGUCCCUGGGAGGCAUCAGUCCGGGCGGGAUCCCGUUGGGAGGCCAAUCCCAACAAGGCAUGUCCAGUGGUCGUCCUGCAAUGAAGACAUUUGUGAGGAUGGGGUCACGAAGGCGUUACAAGAGUAAAGCGCUUAGGACUCCUUAUGUAGGAUUGCUUAGGAAAAAGUUAGAGUGAGAUUUGUAAAUAUUUUUGAAGAUAUUGUAAUAUGCAGAUUGUGUAGCAUGAACAAUUAUUUUGUAAUCUGGAUUGUCUUUUCUUCAAUGUUGUAAACAUGGAAGUUGCCUUUAUUAAGAUAUUUGCAUUUUAAA